AUGGAAGAAUGCUUAUGCCUUGAUGAGUUUAACUGGGAUGCUGUUUUGGAGGACAUUGAUGCAACAGAAGAACUACCGUGUUUGGAUUCGACGCCCGAGAGUGAUGAUCAAGAGAAGGUUGAUAGAACGAUAGAUGAGCAGAAUCAUCAGGGGCACUUCAGUUGCUCUGAGCAUGAAAUUAUGGGAUUCUUCAAUUGCUCAAGCGAAAACGAAUACAGAGGAUUGAGACUUUUACAUCUCUUACUUGCAUGUGCCCAAGGAAUUUCAGAUGGAGCCUCUGAUGUUGCUGAGGUUACCCUUUGCAGGUUGCGAGAACUGGUUUCUCCCACUGGUUCUGUCAUGGAGAGGGUAUCUUUUUACUUAUAUAAUAGUCUUAUUCAGUGGAUUAGCCCUGUGGGUCAAAGGAAGGUGGACUUAGUGAGUCUAAGGAGAUCAGAGCAUUUUAUGGGAGCUUUUAGUUUGCUUCACCAAGCAUGCCCUUACAUCAGAAUGGCCCAUUUCACUGCAAAUCAAAGCAUAAUGGAGGCUCUGAUGGGUGCAAGCCAUGAUAAAAAUAGCAGGAAAAGAAUCCAUAUUGUCGAUUUUGACAUUAUGGAAGGCAUGCAAUGGCCACCUCUAAUGGAAGCGUUGAAUUAUAACAAAAUUGCAGUUGGGCACUUGAGGAUCACUGCAAUUAAGUGGGGGGAGGAUAAAUUGAUGGCAAUGCAGACAGGAAGAAGGUUGUGUGAGUAUGCAGAAUCUCUUGGGAUUCCUUUUGCUUUCCACGAAAAGGAAUUGAAGGAUUUGAAAAGCAUUUGUUUAGAGGAGGAAGAGAUUGUAAUGGCGAACUGCAUGAUUGAGCUUCCUCACAUGUCGAUGCGAAGAAGCAAAGCGAAGGUCUCAGAAUUCAUUCAUGGGAUCAGUUGUCUCCGUCAUGCUAUUCUUACUGUGGGACUGGGAGCUCCAUACGAAUAUGAAAGCACCUAUUUUUUCAGCCGUUUUGUUCAGUGCUUGCAAUACUCUUGCGCCAUGGUAGACUCUUUGGAAGCGGAAGUGGCAGAACAUCUGCUUGCGAGAGCAAUGAUAGAGAGAACGUUCACCGCGCCAAUGGUAAUGCGUGCAUUGGUGUGCCAAGAAAAAGGAUUGAACGUCACGGACGUUGCAUUUCAGUCUGGUUUUAAAUUUGGUGUUUUAAGCGAGGAGAAUAGAUUCCAAGCCAGGGCAUUGAUUUCUCGUCAAGCAGGAAAAUACUAUGGCCUAGAAGGGCGGGGAGAUGGUGGGCUUUGUCUGACAUGGGCUUCAAUUCCUUUGUUGUGUGUUUAUGUCUGGGAUACACCUUCCCCAGGUCCGCUCGGAGCAAACAGUGGAAUCUCAUGA